ACUGGUUGAUCUGUAUGAUGACAUUCGUAAAAUGAUACUGUAUUUUAACAUAUAUUUGAGAUGGAUGAUCUGCCAGAUGGUGAAGGGCAAUCUGAUAUACACUCUACUGACGCAAAUUGGCUGUCCUCACAUGAAGAGCAUAAGUUCCAAUCCGUUUCCUUGGCUAAGCAGGACCACAAUUCGGAUUUGGCAGAUUCUUCUCUUAACUGUAUGAAAGGUGACCAUUCAUUUUGCGCUUCUCAGGAAUUAUGGUCUACUGGAUCUCUAUCGAGUCCAAUACCCAAUGGAUUUUACUCAAUUAUACCGGAUAAGAAACUGAAGGAGUGUUUUGACGCCAUUCCUUCUCCUGAUGAUCUAUAUUCCCUUGGAAUAGAGGGCUUCAAGGCUGAGAUAAUUCUUGUGGACUUAGAGAAGGAUAAAAAGCUAUCUGCGAUAAGGCAGCUAUGUGUAGCUCUGGUAAAAGGAUUGAGUUCUAACCCAGCCGCAAUGAUAAAAAAGCUUGCAGGUUUGGUUUGUGACUUCUAUAAGCGACCAAAUCCACAGCUCAGCCCUGCAAGAACUUCUUCUGAAGAAAAUUUUCAUUUCAUGGAAAACAAGGGAAUUCAAUUGUUGGGGCAGAUAAGACAUGGAUCUUGUCGGCCCAGAGCAAUUUUAUUUAAAGUCCUUGCUGACUCUGUUGGUAUAGAUUCUAAGCUGUUGGUGGGCAUUUCAGAUGAAGAAUCUCAUGAACACGAUGACUCACCCAAACAUAUGUCUGUUGUUGUUAUGCUGAAGUCCAUGGAGUUUCUCGUUGAUCUAAUGCGUUUUCCAGGACAACUAAUUCCAUUCUCAUCCAAUGCUAUAAUCACAUCCCAUAUAUCUGCUGCUGGAGAGAGUGACUCUGCUGACUAUGAUUCUUGUGAUUCUCCUCUUGAACCGAAUAGUCCUUUGUGCUCUCAACGGCAAGAGCAAGAUGAAAACAAUAGGUCAUUUAAAGUUCCGUCCCUAAGAGACAUCAUGCACCGAACUUCAAACUCUAUGGAGGGCAAAUUGAGAUGUGUUCACGUUUCAGAAUUACCUUUUUAUUUUUCCAUUUCAUGGUUUACAAGUUCAUCACAUAGUGAACCAAAUGUUGCCAAUGCCUUAUGUGGACGCCGUGGGAGGAAAGCUAAUGAACACCAAAGAACUGCCAGUUCAAGUCCAGACCAUCCAUUGUCCAGAGCACAUGGGCGCUCAAACUUGGGUGACAGACAGUACGGAGAUGGUGUAGCUGUAUCAAGGUACCUCAAUGGUGCAUCAACGUCAAGUGCGCGGAGAGGACGUCCAAAAAGUAUGAGUACAUCCCCUGAAAUUGGUGAUGACUUUGCGAGGGCAGUUAAAGAAAUGAGUGAAAGCAUGAGGAAAAAUCGCCAUUCAAGGGCACAUAAUGAUGGUAGUCCAGGACAUUCAAAUGAUUCACAGAGAAAAGAGGAAUCAGUAGGUGACCUCAACGAUGAUGAGGUGUCAGUAAGAGAACCAAAUGUUCAGGAGGGUUCAAGAAGGCACAUUAUUACUCAGAAGGCAUUGUCAUUACCUUCAUCACCGCAUCGGUUAGGUAACCAUGGUUCUAAUCUUAGAGAGCCAGCUGACUUCCUUACAGCAGAAGAUCUGAUGUCCACUUGGAAUAAAGCAUUGCAAUCUUCACCAUUUCUGAACAAGCCAUUAUUGCCUUUUGAAGAAUGGCAUAUUGGGUUCUCAGAGAUUGCUGUUGGCACUCGUGUUGGAAUAGGUUUUUUUGGGGAAGUUUUCCGUGGCAUCUGGAAUGGAACAGAUGUAGCUAUAAAAGUAUUUCUGGAGCAAGAUUUAACAAUGGAGAACAUGGAAGAUUUCUGCAAUGAGAUCUCCAUACUUAGCCGUCUCCGACAUCCCAAUGUCAUAUUGUUCCUUGGUGCAUGUAUGAAGCCUCCUCACUUAUCCCUAGUCACUGAAUAUAUGGAAAUGGGUUCCUUGUACUAUUUGAUUCACACAAGUGGCCAGAAAAGUAAGAUCAGUUGGCGAAGGAGGCUAAAAAUGCUCCGUGAUAUCUGUAGGGGUCUUAUGUGUAUGCACCGUUUGAAGAUAGUUCAUCGUGAUCUAAAGAGUGCGAAUUGCCUUGUUAACAAGCACUGGACAGUCAAGUUAUGUGAUUUUGGGCUCUCUCGGUUAUUGUCGAAUUCUGCAAUGAGUGACAACUCAUCUGCAGGCACUCCAGAGUGGAUGGCUCCUGAGCUUAUUCGUAACGAACCAUUUACAGAAAAGUGUGAUAUCUUUAGCCUCGGAGUUAUCAUGUGGGAGCUUUGCACUCUGAGUAGGCCCUGGGCAGGAAAGCCGCCAGUUCAGGUUGUUUACUCUGUUGCGAACGAAGGGGCAAGAUUGGAAAUACCAGAUGGACCUCUGGGUAGCUUGAUAGCAGAUCAAGAGAGGAGCAGCAUUUGGAGAAAGCUACAGGCUGCAGGCGGCAGAUUCUCUGUUGAUGGGUCCCAGGUUCAUCCAUAGCCUUAAGAUAUAUUGUGUAUGUCACUUGCGAAUCCCUGUAUUUCAGAUGCAUGUCAGGCCCUCCUAUGCUCUCUGAAUCUCAUGUACCUGUUCAUUGUCCGACAACAGCCGUAGACCUUCAGAUCCUCAUCGCGUGGCUGGAGUGUAGUCAUAAAGCGGUACGCAGAGUCACUUAAGCCGUCGUCUGAGCAACGUCCGAUCUCCAUCUGCCGGCUAUGAUCAAAUAACUGUAGCAUGCGCACUUGCUGUACCUGUUCAUGUCGCUGUCGGGCUGCUUUUACCUUCAGUGAACUUUUCCUCUUUAUAAAGACCUCAGAUCCCAUCGGGAGAGGCAUCAAAUGUAAACUGGGUUGUAACCCUAGCCGCCACUGGAGUGGUUGGCCUACUUUCCUCUUCUUGUAAGAACCCUAGCGAGUUUCCUCUGAAAUCAAGCAAGAAUUCCUCUGAAAUUCCAUGUGUUUGUGUUCGUCAGUUAGUUAGAUCUUAAUAAUUGGUAAUCAGAGCAUAUGGUUCUCGGCGGCGUAGUGGAUUUGGGGGAGUUUAGGAGCUUGCUCCGUUCCCAGAUCCCGGUGGCGGCACGGCAACGGGUGGCACAGGCGGCGGUAGAUUGCUCGAGUGUAGGCCUGGCUUGGGUAGUGGUUGCUUCAGAACUUCUCUGCAGCGGUAAAAUCCCACCCACCCAUCCUCUCCAGUGCACUGUUGGCGGUGGGCGCAGGCGGCGGUGUUCGGCGGUGGAAGAAACAGGAAGCGCAGGUCCGGUUGCCACUUGUGGUUGUAAAAUCCCUCCCUCGCCCUCCCUGUUUGUGUUCUUUAUUCUGUUCGGUGUGAAAGCUUCCUGCUUUCAUAAACCCUGACAGAAUCAUGGCUCUCAACUCUAACUCCGCGGACACGGAUCUCCUCGAGCUCAAGUCCCUCCAGUUAGAUGUGCAAACACUCCAACAACAGCGAGCUGCAGAUCGCCAAGAAUUCAUCGAGUUCACCCACUCGGUCAAUCAAAAUUUUGCUGUUUUGCAAAGCAGUUUUUCCAAAGUUUAGUCGAGUUUGGAUGGUUUCUUCUCAAACCAACCGAAUCUGGGCAAACGCCUACUGACUGAAGGCCCUCCAGGCACUCCUGAAAACCUACCAGUCCACAAAGAUGCGGGGAUUUCACCUGGACAAGGCAGCAUCAACCGCACCUAAAGUCCAUGGCCUGGUGACCACUGUAGUGCCUGAUCCCACCACCAAGGAAAAUCCAGCCGAGCUGGCUGCCAGACACCCAUACAGUUGUGCAUGGGUCAUUUCUGAUAGCCUCCUCACAGAAUUUUGAAACCCACUUAGCAUUUAGUGUUCUCGGACAUAGAAGGGCAUGUGUGCACCAAAUACUGCUUCUUAAUUGUAAAUGACUUCUCAUUUGCAAUCUGAGAAGCUGCUAUAUACAAGGGGCAUUGCUCAUCUAUGCAAUGUGCUAUCACCCUAUCACUACAGUUUCUAUGGUAGACAAAGUUUCUGUUUUGAGCAAUGUGCAGGGUUAACUGGUACACAUUUAUGAAGCAAAGAUGCUUCACAAAUUGCUCCUCUGGAUGAGCUCUGUCCUCAUCAAACCAUAUCCUCUUCUUCAUCUUCUUUGCUCUGCUUUUUCUACCAUUGGGCAACACAUAUGCCAAUGCCUCAGCACCAUCAUCAUCUUCCACACCAAGGUCUUGUGGUUUCUUGUCCUCAUCAGAUGAUGGAAUCCAGUCCUCCUCAAACAUGUGUUCUAUACUCCCAUGUGAAUUGCUUGUUGGGCCUUUUCGUUGUCUCUUGGCCGUUUUCUUCUUUCGUACAUCUUGCCCUAGCUCAUCCUCUUGUUUCUCUUCCUCCAAUUCCUCCUCCUCUUCCUCCUCUACAUCCUCUUCUUCACCUUGUGGCACAUACAACUCAUCAUCCACCUCUAAGUCACACAUUUUGUCAACAUCUGUGUCCCCUUCAAAAUGAAGUUCUGGGUCAUUCCUCUGUCUUCUUAUCUCCACAAGCUUAGCUAUGAUAUCACCAUAUUCUAUCAGAUCAUCAUCAUCACUGUCCUCUUCAUUGUCCAUCACUGCAGCUUUCCUUUUCAAACAAGUCUCCUUCAGUCUUUCUUUCUUGUUCUUCCUAAACAUUUAAAUUUCCAGAGCCAACAACACUACCUCCUGCUAGAUCCUGCGAUCAUGCCAUUCCCCUGACCCCAUAUGCUAAAAUCAUCAACCAAAGAGCUAACAGACUUCCACACCACCAAAAAGAUGCCCUGGAAGAAUUAUCAACAACAUGAUGCUGAGACACAUCAUCCAACACAGUUCCAGUCCUUAUUCAUCUCCUGCUAUAUUAGUCAAAAAGAAGGAUGCGACUUGAAGACUUCGCAAUGACUACAGGAAGCUGAAUGCUAUGACAAUCAAGAAUAAAUAUCCUAUUCCUGUCAUUGAAGAUCUCCUAGAUGAACUGCAUGGGGCAAAAUAUUUUUCCAAAAUAGAUCUCAAGAGUGGGUAUCACCAAAUUAGAAUGAAGCCUGAGGACAUUGAGAAAACAGCUUUCUCCACUCACAUGGGCCACUAUGAGUAUAUUGUCACGCCCUUUGAGUUGACAAAUGCACCUGCCACUUUCCAAUCCCUCAUGAACUAUUUAUUUGCCAAGUAUCACAGAAAAUUUGUGGUUGUGUUCUUUGAUGUUAUUCUGAUUUUUAGUGAAACUUUGGAAGGGCAUAAAGAGCACCUCAGAGAAGUAUUCAGAGUGCUGAGAGAAAACCAUCUCUCUGUAACUUAGCCAAGUGCACUUUUGGACAAACUAGUGUGGAAUACCUGGGCCACAUCAUCACUGCUGAAGGUGUAGCAACAGACCCUGCUAAGAUUGAGGCCGUCACUAACUGGCCUGCUCCUACCAACAUCACUGAACAAAGGGGAUUUUUAGGGCUUGCAGGCUACUACAGGAGGUUUAUACAGGGUUAUGGAGUUGUGGGCAGGCGUCUCUUUGAUGCUCUAAAAAAGGGCAACUUUCACUGGUCUACCACUCAAGAACAAGCAUUCCAGGACCUUAAAUUUAGACUAACAGAUGCCCCUGUCUUGGCCCUCCCUAACUUUUCCAAGCCUUUCAUCUUGGAACCAGAUGCUAGUGGCUAUGGUUUAGGUGCUGUCCUCAUGUAGGAAGGAAGGCCCAUUGCUUAUAUGAGCAAAUCUCUUGUCCCUAAAGCCCAGACCAUGAGCACUUAUGACAAGGAAACUAUGGCAAUUAUGGAAGCUUUAAAAGAAUGGAAACAUUAUUUUGCCAGCUCUUCCCUGAUCAUCAGAACAGACCAACAGAGUCUCAAAUAAAUCCAUGAGCAGAAACUUACACAAGGCAUCCAACACAAGUUACUGGUCAAACUCCUGGGCUACAACUACACAAUUGAGUACAAGGGAAGAGAAAACAGAGCAGCUGAUGCACUCUCUAGAGUGAGACACUGCUUGAGCUCUUUAGCUGCUAGUUCUAUUGUUCCCUUGUGGAUCACUGAAGUUGUCAAAUCUUAUUCCAUGGACCCCAAGUACAAGGCCAUCAUUACUGAGCUGGCACUUGAUCCCCAUGCUCAUCCUAAUUACACAUUCCAACAUGGCAUCCUCAGAUUUAAGAACGAAAUUGUGAUUGGCAACAACACUUCCCUCAGACAGGAUUUAAUCUAGACAUUCCAUAAGUCUGAACUUGGAGGACACUCUGGAGAAAGAGCAACUUACCAGAGAAUACACUUGCUAUGUCACUGGUCUGGCCUGCAACAAGAUGUGAUUGCAUAUGUUAAAGCAUGCCCUGUUUGCCAGCUCAAUAAAUCUGAAAAUACCACAUAUGCUGGCCUUUUACAGCCCUUGCCAAUUCCUGACUUUGCCUGGUGCCACAUAAGCAUGGACUUUGUGGAAGGUCUGCCAAUGUUUGAAAACAAAAACCUUAUACUGGUGGUUGUUGACAGGUUCACUAAAUAUGCCCAUUUCCUCUCUAUGAAGCACCCUAUCACUGUUCAAUCUGUUGCCAGACGAGUAAAUUGCAGGAAACCACCACUUUGAAGGCUAGGUUUGCAAAAAACACUACGUUACAUUUCUUUUUGCAGAAAACACCACAUCUUGUGUAAUCUUUUUGCAAAAACCAUUGAUCGGCGGAUCUUGCUCUGUAAAGUGAGAUUAUGACAGAUGGGUCCCAUUUUUCGCUAACAUGGCAUAACAUUUUACCAAAGACAGCGCUAGACGGGUAAAAAAGCGAAAACACCCGCAAGUUUUUCCCCUGUGCUGCCCAUGCCCUUGCCUUGUCCUGCCAUCACAGUCAGCCGCCAGAGGAGAGAAGCCCCCAAUCCCGCGCGCCGUCGCACGUAGCAGCCCGCCAGAGCUCCAACCCUCGACCUCGUCUGCCCUCUUCUCUCUCUCUCUCUCUCAACCGUCCUCCCAGUGCCGCCAUCUCCCUCCUCCGGGCGAGGGUUGCCAGGGAGAAGACAAAGCCGGCGAACUGCAUGCCGGCUGCUGCCUUCCUCGGCCUCAAUGGCGUCGGUCACCACCAUGCGCCAGCCGCCGCCGUGCUCACCUCCCAGCCCUGCAGCGCUCCCGCCUCUGCCUGGCCGCACCCACCGCAAUGCCAGCCGCGUCACCGCCGCCCUGCUCCGCCGGCGCUCGCCGCCGCUCUGCCAGCCGCGCCGCUGCCGCCCUGCUCUGCCCGCCGCCGCCGCGCUCCGAGGAGGGAGAUGGAGAGAGGAGGCUGCGCUCCGCGGCCACCGAGGAUGGAGGAGAGAGGAAGAUGCGG